CCUCACUUUAGGUAAGGCAAAGAUGUCAUAAUUAUACCAAAAAGUAAAUAAAUAAAGUUAAAAUGAAUCAAACGGUGGAAACACAAGAAAAGUCGAUUGAAGCUCAGGUGCAAGAGAACAUAGCAAACUGGCAGACUAGUACUAACCCACUUGCACCAUUAUCUGAUGAACAAUUGGAUUUAAUAUAUGAGGUGGCAGAUAAAGUAAAAGAGCUUUAUUAUGGCUCAGAUGAACAACAAGAAGAAACCAAAGUUGAAGAAAGCAAAGAAAAGGAUGUACAACCUUAUAUACAUAUGAACAGAGCUUAUAUCAAGUGGAUGUUGGCAGUGGAAGAGGAAUUGAAAUUUGAGAACUUAAAAAAGUAUCAGGUUUAUGAGGAAGAAUUGCAGAAUCACCAUGCAAACUGCGAAAAUUUAUUUCAAUGCGCCAACGCAACGUUAGAUUCGUUAAAUGAAUUAAAGGAAAAGUAUGAAAAUGUGACAUCCAAAACUAAUUACCUGCACAACUUAAGUGAGCAGUUAAUGGCUCAUCAGAGAAUCUUAAAACAGAAAAAGAGCAGUUUGAAUGAAAAACUAAAAUAUUUCACAAACUUUAAUAAACUGCAAGACAAUGUGGACAAGUUUGGAAACAAAAUUAACACCAAAGAAUUCACAAAUAUCCUUGAUAGUAUUGGUGAAUCAAUUCAUUAUUUAAAUGAUCACAUGCACUUCAAAGAAUCCAGAAUUUACAAGAUGAAAUAUGAAAGUUUACUGACCACAGCCUUAAACAAAAUUUACAACUAUGUUAACAACAUUGUUAUAGACACCACCAAACAUAUUGUAGACUCAGAAAUGAAGGCAGUACCACUCACAUCAUCCAGCAAUGACCCCAGUGUUGACACAGCAUUCUCUUUGUAUUAUGGGAAGUUUCAAAGUGCUGCCACCAAAGUUAAGUUCAUCUUAAUGCACUUGGAAGACAAGGAGGAAUCCAGUGAACAAUAUAUGAAUAUUUUAAGUGACUGUCAGAAGUCAUAUUUGGGGCAAAGACUUCCAAUUCUUUCAGUUGCUGUCACCAAAGCCCUGGUUGAGCUGAAGGAAAGGCACAGAGUGGACCACAGUGUUUUAUUUAGAUCAUGUUGUUUAUUCACCAUGAAAGUGUGUCAGGAUGAGGCUAGAUGUUAUGGAUAUUUCUUCAGCAAACCUUCUUACCAACUAAGUGAUUAUUUAUCAAGGAUUUGCCAGCAUUUGUAUGAUACUUUAAGGCCUUGCUUAAUUCUAAUCAACCACAUUGAAGUACUGAGUGAACUUUGUGGUAUACUCAAGAAGGAAAUGUUAAGUGACAAGGUUGUAGCAAAUGAACAGCUGGAAAAAUAUGUGGAGACCAUUAAACAACUGUUACAAGACGUUGAAGAACGUCUUGUUUUCCGUACAAACAUAUUCUUCCAACAUGACUUAACUGGAUACAAACCUUCACCUGGCGACUUAGCGUAUCCAGAAAAACUCAAACAAAUGGAGAAUAUUGCUAUGGAAUUCCGCGAGUCAAGACCCUCAUCAGUUGCCUCUUUGGAGAGUCAAGAAGUCGCUACCAUCAACUCCGGGCAAUUCCGUUCUUACACCGGUAAUUCGCCGGCUGAUUUACACGGAAUGUGGUACCCCACAGUGAAGAGAACCUUAGUGUGUCUAUCUAGAUUGUACUUUUGUUUAGAUAGGGAUACAUUCCAGGGUUUGGCGCAGGAAGCACUGGUUAUUUGCAUCGGCACUGUGAAAAAAGCUGCCGACCUGAUUUCCGAUAGAAAAACUCCCAUGGAUGGGCAACUGUUUCAGAUUAAACAUUUAUUGAUAAUUAGAGAGCAGAUUGCACCUUUCCAAGUUGAUUUUACCGCCAAAGAAGUGGCCUUAGAUUUUAGUACAGUUCCAAAGGCUGCCAGAGAGUUGAUUCAAAAGAGAAGCAACUUGUUCACGUUUGGGUCAAACAACGCCCUACUUGAGUUUUUGUUGGAGGGCACGCCGAAAGUUAAAGAAUACUUGAUUGACUCCAGAAAGGAAAUCGACAAACAACUCAAACAUUCCUGCGAAUUGUUCAUAUCACAAGUAACGAGGUAUUUAAUUGGGUCUCUGUUGGUUUUAAUUGAAAAGUCUGAGCACAUUCUCAAGAUAAAACACGUGCAAAACAACGCAGAACUGACUGUAAGGAGCCAAGACUUUGCCCAGCCGCACAGGAUUGCCGAAAUCAUCGUCGAAUGCCAGAAGAAUAUGAAAAACAGGAUACCAGAAGUGCAGAAGUCGAUGCAGCUUUAUUUGGCGAAUCGUGAGACUGAAUUUAUUUUGUUUAGGCCCGUUAAAAAUAAUGUUGUUAAUGCUUUUAUUCAAAUUGAUCAGAUUUUAAAUAAGGGGGGCUUCAGUGCUGAUGACCAGCUACAAAUUGCCUGUCCUUCACCUGAACAAAUCAAUAUACUGAUUUGUUCCGUAUCUUUGGCGACGGAACAGGAAACCUUACUCACAGAGGCAGCUUCAGCCUCUCAUUCAUGAGGAAGGGUUUUAUACAAGUAAUAAUAUAUGUGUAAUGUACAGUAUAAUUUGUAAAAUUAAAAAUUAAAAUUAACAAUGUACUAUAAAUAUAAAACAUAUAAGAAACAAAUGGUGAAAUUACA